UGUUUUGGAUAGUAUAUUAAGGGUGUGAAGUGACAAACUUUCAUACAUUUGGAGUCAUCCGCAAGAGAUUCGCCAUCGCCAACAUGAGCUUCGCUCUGCUCCUCGCUCUGGUCGGCUCUGCCGUUUGCUCUCCAACAUUCGGUGGUAUUGGUGCGGACAUAUCCGGUGGCAUAGGGGGGGCUAUUGGUGUAGGUACCGGUGGAACCGGAGCUGAAAUUGCAGCAGGAGCUGACACCGUAGGCAAAGUUGGAGUAGCAUCUGCAUUGGGAGCUGCUGCUUUAGCCAAAACUGGAAUCGAAGCUGGUGUUGGUGCAGCAGAUGCAGCUGCAAACGGAAUUGCUAGUGGCGAUCUUGUCGAUGGUGCUACCGAUGCUGCAUCUAUAGGCGCAUCAGGUGUUUCUGGAAUGGCUAACAUUGCAGGCGACACUGCAUCCUCUGAUAUAUGUUCAGGUGCCAACGGAGCUGGGGAUAUGGCGUCAAUUGGAGUCGAUACAGGUUUAGGAGCUGCAGGAUCUGUAGCAAAUGGAGGCGCAGGUGCGGCUGGCGAUGCAAGCGGAUUAAUCUCUGGAGGUUAUUAG